UGUUACCUCCACGUUACCACCGUCACCUGCUGUUGGGUCUGGUCUGUAUGUUAGCUUUACCAUCCGUUUGCUUGGGUCUACUGGAAGGCCUAUAUUGUGGUAAACAAAAUUGUUAUGAUGUCUUGGGUGUUACUCGUGAAUCUACCAAAUCGGAAAUUGGCAAGGCGUACCGGGUAUUGGCUCGAAAACAUCAUCCGGAUUUGCAUCGAACGGAAGAGGCUAAGAAGGAAGCUGAGAUACAAUUCAAAGCCAUUGCCACGGCUUAUGAAAUUCUAAAAGAUGAUGACUCUCGCAAUGAUUAUGACUACAUGUUGGAUAAUCCAGAUGAAUACUAUGCCCAUUACUAUCGUUAUUAUCGCCGCAGAGUGGCUCCCAAGGUGGAUGUGAGAAUUGUUAUUAUUGUCACAUUGACAAUUAUUUCCGUGAUACAAUACUACUCGGGAUGGCAGCGUUAUGAUUCGGCCAUUAAAUACUUUGCCACGGUACCAAAAUACCGUAACAAAGCUCUGGAAAUAGCUAAAGAAGAAAUUAACGAAAAGGUUCAUAACCGCAAGGGAAAGAAUCGCCUCUCCAAGGCAGAUCAAAAGGAAGAAAUCGAAAAAAUCAUAAUUAAAGUAAUCGAAGAGAAGAUGGACGUUAAGGGUGGUUGUGCCAAACCCACGAUUUGGGAUAUACUCUGGGUGCAAAUAAUCAUAUUCCCCUAUACGCUGGCCAAAUGGCUGUGGUGGAAUAUUACCUGGACAUGGAAAUUCACAAUUUGUAAAAAACCCUACGGACGAGAGGAGAAGCUGUAUUUAAUAAGACGUAACAUGAAAAUGGGUGAACAUCAAUUCAGUUCUCAGGAUGAUAAACAAAUUGAGGAAUAUUUACGUUUAGAACUUUGGAUUAAGGAGAAUUUCGAAGAGUGGCGUAUACAGGAAGAGGAGGAGCUAAAAAAGAAAAUGGCUGAGAAUCCACGUUACAAGUCCUAUCGUAGAUAUAUGAAAAAUCAUGGUCCAGGACGUAUGACUUUUGAAGACUAAAUUAACUAAAAAAACAACAACAACUAGGCUUUAUUGUUAAGAGACAACAUAGGUGACUAUAUAUUUAUAUUAAGUAUGUAAUUAAAAAAAAAAGAA